CAGGAAGUAAGCGCCUAGCCCACUGUGCCGCGCGAGGUCCGGAGCCCCGCGGCCGACAGCACCGCGAUCUCCUCCCCUUGCCGUUCUAGCUGUGAUGGACAAUGCCCGCGAGUCUCCUACGGACAAAGGUGGGGAGGCAGGGGAGGCAGACGAGACGACCGCUGCUCCUGGGGGCCCGGGGACUGCGGACACGGACGGGAUCCCGGAGGAAGCGGACGGAGACGGAGACGCGGACUUGAAAGAAGCGGCAGCGGAGGAAGGCGAGCUCAAAAGUCAAGACGUCUCCGAUUUAACAGCAGGUGAAAGGGAAGACGCGUCAUUACUUACUCCUGCAGCCAAAAAACUGAAAAUCGAUACCAAAGAAAAGAAAGAGAAGAAGCAAAAAGUGGAUGAAGAUGAGAUUCAGAAGAUGCAAAUCCUGGUUUCAUCUUUUUCUGAGGAGCAGCUGAACCGUUACGAAAUGUAUCGCCGGUCAGCUUUCCCGAAGGCAGCCAUUAAAAGGCUGAUUCAGUCCAUCACCGGCACCUCAGUGUCUCAGAAUGUUGUUAUUGCCAUGUCAGGUAUUUCCAAGGUCUUCGUCGGGGAGGUGGUAGAAGAAGCACUGGACGUGUGUGAGAAGUGGGGAGAAAUGCCACCAUUACAACCCAAACAUAUGAGGGAGGCUGUUCGGAGGUUAAAGUCAAAGGGGCAGAUCCCCAAUUCGAAGCACAAAAAAAUCAUCUUCUUCUAGACCAAAGCCUAGAAAGAUCAGUUCCCGACGGAAGAAGUCCUGGCUCCAGCCUUUCUGUUACUGAGACUUUCUGCACCGGUGCUUUCGUACCUCAGUCCUCCAAGGAUUCCCUGACAAUUUUAAUGUCUUUCUCGCCACACCUACAAGGCAUGCAGCCUGGUUCACACCUGCCAUGACUAAAUUUUGGGACGUCUUGAGCAUUUUGAGGUGCUGAGAUGUCUCUCGGCUAGCUGGAGAACAACAUUGCAUGGCCUUAACAAUCUUCUGGGCUGGAAAGCUGCCUUCUGAGAGAGAACAUUCCCAAGAGAGCUUGGACGGUUUCACAUUGAAGCCUAAAGUUGCUAGGAUUUAGGUUGUUUCUCACAUCUGGUUUAUGUAGAUGAAACAACUAGAAACUUGUGACUUGUGAUACUCUACCAGGAAGGAUACGGUGAUAGCAGUUAGUGGAAUGAUUUGUGAUUGUAAACACUUAAGAUUUUCCCGUGGAUUGUGGUGAGUGAUCAUUAAACUCUUUUCCAACUUGC